CGCGCUUGCGCCGCCCGCCGGUCUCGGGAGCGCUCUCUCUCGCUGGUGCGCGCGCUCGCAGUCUCUGCCACCCACCCGCUCCGGCACCAGCUCCGGCACCGGCAGCAGCACCGCCGCCACCGCCCACCUUCAGCCGCCGCCGCCACCACAGACACUUUCUCCUCUGCUUUCCUCUACUGUCUUCGCCCUCUGCCGACUGUCAGGUGGGCCUUCAACCAGGAUGGCCGAGCCCCGCCAGGAGUUCAACAUGAUGGAAGAUCAUGCUGGGACCUACGGGCUGGGGGACAGGAAGGAUCUCCCCUCUCAGGGCGGCUACACCCUGCUGCAAGACCACGGGGGUGACACAGACCACGGCCUGAAAGAAUCUCCCCUGCAGACCCCCGCCGAUGACGGAUCUGAGGAACCAGGCUCUGAAACCUCUGAUGCCAAGAGCACCCCGACAGCUGAAGAUGUGACAGCGCCCUUAGUGGAUGAGGGCGCCCCCGGCGAGCAGGCAGCCACUCGGCCCCACAAGGAGAUCCCAGAAGGAACCACAGCUGAAGAAGCCGGCAUUGGAGACACGCCCAGCCUGGAAGACCAAGCUGCAGGACAUGUGACUCAAGAGGAGGUGAGAGCCCCCAGUGAGCAGGGGAAAGCUCACGAGAGGCCCCUGGCCUAUGGGCUUAGCUCUCAGGUUCAGCCUGGACACGGCAGAGAAGCUUCUGAGGCCUCCAUGCGGCCUCUGGGAGAGAAAGAGCCCGAAGGUGCCGUCCUGGCCUCCGACCGUUCUCAGCAUCACCUGGUCCACCAGCUGCCGCCUCCACCAGCAGGCCUUCAGGAGCCCCACCGGGCGUGGGGACCGAAACAAGGGGACCGGGCUGAGGAGGAGCUGGCUUUUCCGAAGCCCACCUCCCCUGGACACCUGCCACCAGAGCCUGGCAGUGUCACACUUGUCCAGGAAAGCAUCCUCAGAGAGCCAGGGAGCCAUGGAGAGGAGCCCACAGACUGGAGGACCCUGGGCCUGACCCUGCAGCCUCUGCCCCACAUGCCCAGGGCUCCCGUCCUGCCCGAAGGCCCCAGAGAAGCCACGUACCAGCCUUUGGAGCCAGAACCUGAGGACACAAAGGGAGAUCACCGUAGCCUGGGGAUGAUGCAGCACCAGCUUUUGGGACACCUGCGCGAGGAGAUGCCGCCUCUGAAGGGGGACCGGGGCAAAGAGAGGCUGGGGGGCAAGGGGGUCGAUGAGGACCGAGACAUCGAUGAGUCCUCGCCCCAGGACUCCCCCCCCUCCCAGGUCUCCCCAGGUCUGCAGAGCUCCCCAGCCCAAGGCGGCCCGCUCCCCCAGACAGGUUCCAGAGAAGCCACUGACACCCCUGGGGCCCCAGCUCAGGGUGCCAUCCCCCUCCCUGUCGAUUUCCUCUCCGAAGUUUCCACAGAGCCCCAGGUCUCGGAGCCCGACGGGCCCGGCGCAGGGCUCGCGGAGGAAGGGCACGACACGCCCCCCGAGUUCGCCUUCCAUGUGGAAAUCAAAGCCAACGUGCAGGAGGAACAGGCAGACUCGGAGGUGGAUUUGGAAGGGGCCACACUUCCAGGGACCCCUGCAGAGGAUCAAGAGCCCUGGAGCCCCUCUGAGGGAGAGGACACAAAAAAGACUGACCUUCCGGGACCAUCCAAAAAGCAGCCUAUGGCUGGCCUGCCCGGGAAGCCCGUCAGCCGUGUCCCUCAACUCAAAGCUCGCAUGGUCAGUAAAGGCAAAGACGGGGCUGGAAGCGAUGACAAGAAAACCAAGACAUCCACACCUUCCUCUGCCAAAACCCUGAAACGUAGGCCUUGCCUUAGCCCCACACGCCCCAGCCCUGGUAGCUCAGACCCUUUGAUCAAACCCUCCAGCCCCGCCGCGCGCCCAGAGCCAUCCUCUCCUAAACACGCCUCUUCUGCCACACCCCGACCCGGCAGUUCUGGAGCAAAGGAGGUGAAAGUCAAGGGGGCGGACACGAAGCCUGGAACGAAGAUUGCCACACCCCGGGGAGCAGCCCCUCCAGGCCAGAAAGGCCCGGCCAAUGCCACCAGGAUCCCCGCAAAAACCACGCCGUCCCCCAAGACCCCACCGGGCACAGGUGAAUCUGGGAAAUCUGGGGACCGCAGUGGCUACAGCAGCCCCGGCUCCCCCGGCACUCCUGGCAGCCGCUCCCGCACCCCAUCCCUGCCAACCCCGCCCACCCGGGAGCCCAAGAAGGUGGCAGUGGUCCGCACCCCACCCAAGUCACCGUCUUCAGCCAAGAGCCGCCUGCAGACUGCACCCGUGCCCAUGCCAGACCUGAAGAAUGUCAAGUCCAAGAUUGGCUCCACCGAAAACCUGAAGCACCAGCCAGGAGGCGGGAAGGUGCAGAUAAUUAAUAAGAAGCUGGAUCUUAGCAACGUCCAGUCCAAGUGUGGCUCAAAGGAUAAUAUCAAACACGUGCCCGGAGGCGGCAGUGUGCAAAUAGUCUACAAACCCGUGGACCUGAGCAAGGUGACCUCCAAGUGCGGCUCACUGGGCAACAUCCACCAUAAGCCAGGGGGCGGCCAGGUGGAAGUCAAGUCUGAGAAGCUGGACUUCAAGGAUCGAGUCCAGUCGAAGAUCGGGUCCCUGGAUAACAUCACCCACGUCCCUGGUGGAGGGAAUAAGAAGAUCGAGACCCACAAGCUGACCUUCCGCGAGAACGCCAAAGCCAAGACCGACCACGGGGCGGAGAUUGUGUACAAGUCGCCCGUGGUGUCCGGGGACACGUCUCCGCGGCACCUCAGCAACGUGUCCUCAACGGGCAGCAUCGACAUGGUGGACUCGCCCCAGCUCGCCACGCUAGCUGACGAAGUGUCCGCCUCCCUGGCCAAGCAGGGUUUGUGAUCAGGCCCCCGGGGCGGUCAGGGAUCGUGGAGAGGAGAGAGUGAGAGAGUGUGGGAAAAAAAAGAAUGGUGACCCGGCCCCUCGCCCUCCGCCCUCCCCCAGCUGCUCCUCACAGACCGGUCCGUCGGCCAACCACUUAACCUGCUUUUGUCGCUCGGCUCGGGCUCGGGACUUCAAAAUCAGUGACGGGAAUAAGAGCAAAUUUCAUCUUUCCAAAUUGAAGGGUGGGCUAGGAAUAAUAAAAUAUUUUUAAAAACACGUUCAAGAUGGCCACACCCAACAUUUCCUUGGGCAAUUACUUUUGAUUCUUUUUUUCCCCUCUGAGUGGAAGAGGGAGGAGAGGCUCUGAAAGGUGCUUCUGGGGAAUUUCAGGGACUGGGGGCGCCCCCCCCUUUGGCCCCAUUCUGGGGAUGUCACAGAGGCUGCGGCAGAACAAAGGACUUGAUACUAGGUGUGCUGAUGUGAGCUGGACAGUGGGGGGGCCAGAGACGCAGGACAGGCUGAGGCGGGGUGGACAGGGAAAGGGGGGUGAGCUCUCAAAGGGGGAGGGCCCUGCUCCUUGCAUGGUAGGGCUGCAGGAAGGACAAACAGCCUCCGCUGGGACCAAGUGGCCUCCUGUAGCUGGUGGCCCCAGAUCUGCUGUGGGCCAUGUGCCACCGUCUAGGGCGGCCUUUGGGCGAGGGGGUGCAGUCCCUCCCACACCAUGAGGGGACAGUGGGCAAGAGGAGCAGGCUGGUUGGUGGGAGGGUGGCAGCCUGUGGGUUUCUUCCUUAGACAAGACUGACCCCAGUGUCCUGAGCGGUGACCUCUUUCUCCCCUGCCCCCACCAUUGGGGUUGGGGCCUGGACUGAGGGGCUUCCCCCGCCCCUCGCCCCACGGAAACCCUAUUUUACUGUGUUCUGAAAGUUGGAAGUGCAGCCACGAUUUUGGCCACCUCACUGAUCUGGGACUUUAGGGCUAACCAGUUCUCUUGUAAGGACUUGUGCCUCUUGGGGGACACCCGCCUGUCCCCAAGCCUGGGCGGCUGGCAUCUCUGGAGUGUGCGGGGGUCUGGGAGGGGGCUGCGAUCCUCCCGUUCCUCCCAUGUUGUUGCAGCCACCUGUCUGCCCUCGCCACGCCCUUGUGCCCACUGUGCAGAGCCCAGUCACUGCCUGUACCCUCAUUAUGUCACACUGUCCCGAGGUCCCAGCCUCAUCGCUCCCCUUCUCAGUAGUUUGCAUCGUUUGGAUGUGGGAGACACCUACGUUAAGGGAUGAAAUCAACGGAAGGCAAGAGUCUGGGCACAAGGUGGGACCUCAGUUUCUAGGUUUAAGUUACACUCAUCCAACUGGCAUGUCCCUCACGAUGAACCCGAUGACCUGACCUCCCAUCGCGGGUGUGGGACUCGGCAGUGACCCUAGAGGUCGACUUGCAGAGGCUUUUCCUCCCGGAGGACCCGGUCCCCUUCCUGUGUUGGAUACCCUGGUCGCCAGAGCCGGCACCAGGAUAGGCGGGCCCCCAGGGAGGGACCACAUCCCCUCUGUCCCCCACUUCCGCCCCAGCCCGUGACUGCCAGCCUCUCAGAGAGCGCAGCCGCUGCCCAGCCCCAAGUGCAUGCAGUCAGCCCUCCACACCCCCCAAGGGGCCUGCCCGCCCGCCCACCCGGAAAUGGCUCUCCCCCGGCCCAGCGGGAAGCCAUGCCGUCUGUCCUGCUGGAGCAGCUGAGCAUAUACAUAGACGUCGCCUUCCCCUCCCUGUCCGCACCCUGUCUCGUUGUCGUCGGCCGUGUCUGUCUAUGCUUGGAGUCACCAGAGUGACUACGAUAGUGAAAAGGAAAAAAAAAGGACGCAUGUAUUUGAAAUGCUUGUAAAGAGGUUUCUAACCCACCCUCAUGGGGGCCCCUCGCUGUCUCCCACCCCCACGCUGGGCCUCGGCUCCAGGAGGCCAGCGUGGCUCUCCCCUGGGGGGGCCCUCCCACUUCUGAAGGCUUUCUGCGGCAUCUGGGACCCAACCGAGCCAGAGUCUGACAUCCAAGGCCCCCGCUGGAGGAAGGCCUGAAGCACAGGACCAGGACGGAGGCUGGGUGCCCCUCCCCACACCCCGAGGGCUUCCCUUUGUCAGAGCAGAGUUGUGUGUCCUGUGGCUGGCUUGGCUGGCAGGGUGGAAAUGGCCCUCUCUGGUCCCAGUCAGAAGAAGCUGCAGAGCAGCCCUGACAGACGGGCUUACAACUAACGCCCUGCAUCACAAGAAAGAUGAAGCCAGUGCCGGCUAGGGAGAGCACCCCCGCCAUCGGGAAGGGCAGCUCAGGCCUCCCCACCGAGGACCGAGGCCCUGCAGCCACAGCAGGGGCUGGGGCCCCAGGAUGCCCAACUGAGAAAGGGUGACAAGUCAGACACCACCCCCAAAGCCUUGGCCAGAGCCCCCCCGCUGACCUUGCACAAGUCCCAGCUGCUGUCACUGGGAGCAGCCUUUGUGGAAAAUUGCUGCUUAGAGAAAUUCAGCGACUUCAGGCCCAGUCCUGCCACUUCCAGUCUAGGUAGUUGCCGGCAGCCCUGGGGGCCGUGGUGGGAGCCUUCACUUGCAGCCAGAGCUUUCAUGCAAGGAAAUCACCUCAGCCCAGAACCCUCCACUGUCCUUUGCGUUCCAGCAGUUCUUCGGGUUCUGAGAAAGAAAAAGGCACUGUGAUUUAAGGACGGGCUAGCUAUUAGAUGUGGUGCAUCACUGCCGCUAGUGUUGGCUGCAUUUCUUCCUGCAGGACCUGUGCCCUGUUCUCUAAUACCUUACUCCCAGGGUUCUGACGUCUCCCUUGGAGGGUGGGUCACUGGGGUCAGCCUCAAAACCACGGAUUAGGAUGAUCACAUGAACACUGGCCUGGAAAGAAAAAGGGAUGCUAGCUUGUGACCUUAAAUGAGGACAAUCCCCCAGGGCUGGGCUCUCCCCCACCCCCGAACCUCCACCUUCAAUGUCCCUUGGGUGGGCUAGACAUGCUAUAUACCUGGUUCCUUCAAGCUCUCCACUCUUAUCAAUAGUUCCAUUUAAAUUGACUUCAAUGGUGAGACUGUAUCCUGUUUGCGAUUGCUUGUUGUGCUAUAGGGGUUGGGGGGGGAGGAACCUGUAAGAUAGGUACCAUGGGCAAAGGGAAGUCUUGGAGUGCAGCAGUUAAACCGCCUUGUAACCCUUUUCCUUCAUGAUUUCCACCACAUUUGCUGGAGGUCCUUGGGCUUCACCUCUUUGCUGACAGGACUCCCAAGUGCAGCAGGCUGCCGGCCACUCCCCUGUGCCUCUCGGCCACGUGCUGCUGGGGAGGCCUAUGGAGGAGUCUGGGGACACGGUUGCUCUGGUCUCUUGCCAGACCCCAAGCCCACAAUGCCUCCCCUAGACCCUGGCAUCUUUCCUCUGGGCACCUCCGUGUCCCUUUUCCCACUGGCUCCAGACACACGGCUUGUGUCUAGCAGCCACUGAGGUCUUUCUCUACCCUCUUUUAUCUUCGUCCCCCAAGUAAAGCCAAGAGGUGGGGACGAGGGUAGAGGUGGAGAUCAAGCGUGUCCCCAUUGACGGAUCCUUGGCUUGAGACUUCUGGUUGCUCUUCAGUUUUGGAAAGGGUUUCAUCCUGGGCACUGACCCAGUCUCACCUCCCAAUGGACUCAGUCCAUGAAUCCGCAGUGUCGGGCGGGACAAUUUCUGGCACUCACAAGUCCCAUGAUAUCUUCAGUAAUUUGAGGGUGGGUGGGUGGGAUGACAUGAAACCAUCUUAGCUUAGCUUCCUGUAUGUGAACGUCCAUUUGGUGUAUCGUAUGUUUUAACAAAUGAUUUACACUGACUGUUGCUGUAAAAGUGAAUUUGGAAAUAAAAGUUAUUACUGAUUAAA